UGUCCUUAGGAUGUUCCUGGUAUUAUCUGGAAGCAUUUUCCAAGAGGUACCAGCUGAGUACCCCUCUACUUUCCCUUGCAUGCCAGCCUGCCUAGCAUCAGCAUGUUUGGUGAGGGAAAGCUUUGCAUAAAUAAGGGCAUAGGUAUGGCCUUUAUUUGCAUUAAAAUGGCAUAGGUAUGAUGUCUACUCACUCAGAUAAUCAAAGUGUCAAAUAGUAGGAUGGGUGCAUCAGCUCUCUGUUUCAGGGUGUGCUACACCGUUUGUCAGAUGGGAUGUUUUAGAUAAGGUGAGAGCAGGUCAGGACUCCUGCUUCAGCAGGGCAAUGAUUAGGAGCAGAAGCUAGUGGAGGUUCCUAGCUCUGAACAUGCAUUUUACUUCAUGAUCCUGUGUAUCACUACAAAGCCCCGUUGAAUUCUGUAGAGCUCUGUACUGGGGGAUGUUACUGGAACUCUGUUAAUCCUGUGGAGUAUUUCCAUUAUCAUGUUUUUGCCAAAAAAUGCACUAACUGAUGAAUAACUCUUCCAAAUCAUCCAAGUUCACAAUAGCUCUGCGAACCUCUGGACACUUACUUGUGGGGGUGGUGAGGAUUUACCACAGGAAAACAAAGUACCUGCUGUCGGACUGCACUGAAGCGCUCACAAAGAUUAAGACAACCUUUCGCCCAGGGCUUAUUGACCUUCCAGAACAUGGCACUGAGGCUGCUUUUCAGUCCAUUACAUUGCCUGAGGAAUUCCAUGAUUUCGAAGGACCACUGCCUGAUGUAAGUGCCAUUGAUGUUGCUGAAUACUUUGCCUUGAACCAGAGCAGAGUGGAAGACAUCACACUUAAAGAGGACUAUGACAGCAAAAUACUUCUCUGUGAUCGAAACUUUGUUGAGCCCAGCUGUGCAGACACCACUGCUGACAAGGCCAGUCCUCUGAUGGAUGAAGUAAUGCCUUUAUUGAAAGAAGAAGGAUUUGUUCUCGAGCCAGUUGAUGACCCAGCUGUCACCCAGGGGAAAAAAGGGAAAAGAAAGAGGAAGUUGCUUGUGGAUGUAGACAAGGAACUCAACUACACCACCAUCUACAACCAGCUGAACAACUACACAGACCUCCUGACUACCUUAGACCUUGCCCCCCCAACAAAAAAAACAAUGAUGUGGAAGAAAUCAGGAGGUGUGAAAAACCUCCUGUGCCAGGCCACACUGCCUGUGGUUCAUGCUGAGCUCCAAAUGUUGUUUGCAAGAUGCUUCAAGAGUCGGGACUUUAAGAUGAGCAGAGAUGGAAGACAGGGGGAGCCUGCAGUGGAGGAAAGGAGGGAAGAGCAAGACAUCAGAGCUGCAGGAGGGAAGGGCCUUCUGUGAGAGCUCCCCCUCAGUGAGCAACCCAGCGGGCCCAGCCACUGAGGCUCAGCAAGCCAACUUGCACGAGCUGAAGAGGAGUGAGGAAAGCAGUGAAGAAGUCAAGUGGAACAAAAGGAUUCAUCAGUUACUACGAACUUUGCAG